UGGUGUCCAUGGAGUCCAGCCAAUCACUAUAUCUGGUCUCCCCGGACCCUGCAUUCACUAUAUCCGGUCUCCCCGGACCCUGCAUUCACUAUAUCUGGUCUCCCCGGACCCUGCAUUCACUAUAUCUGGUCUCCCAGGACCCUGCAUUCACUAUAUCCGGUCUCCCCGGACCCUGCAUUCACUAUAUCCGGUCUCCCCGGACCCUGCAUUCACUAUAUCUGGUCUCCCUGGACCCUGCAUUCACUAUAUCUGGUCUCCCCGGACCCAGCAUUCACUAUAUCCGGUCUCCCCGGACCCUGCAUUCACUAUAUCCGGUCUCCCCGGACCCUGCAUUCACUAUAUCUGGUCUCCCAGGACCCUGCAUUCACUAUAUCCGGUCUCCCCGGACCCUGCAUUCACUAUAUCCGGUCUCCCUGGACCCUGCAUUCACUAUAUCUGGUCUCCCCGGACCCUGCAUUCACUAUAUCUGGUCUCCCCGGACCCAGCAUUCAUUAUAUCCGGUCUCCCUGGACCCUGCAUUCACUAUAUCCGGUCCUCCUGGA